GAUUUGCUACAUAGCGGUUUGCGUCGCAUCGCGGAUAUGACAGGCGCAUUCUCGUCACAAGAUGAUGGCAAUGUUCUGAGGUAACGGACAGAAAGAGGGAUGUGGAAUAUUUGUACGUGAAGUGCUGUAGUCUACUUCCACGACAACGGGUUUCAUAUUGGUGUAGCCAGCUGUCUGUCGCCAUGGCAACCAGCAGCGCGGUCCCUAGCGACAACCUCCCCACGUACAAGCUGGUGGUGGUGGGGGACGGAGGGGUGGGGAAGAGCGCUCUCACCAUCCAGUUCUUUCAGAAGAUCUUUGUGUCUGACUACGACCCCACCAUCGAGGACUCCUACCUGAAACACACAGAGAUAGACGGACAGUGGGCCAUCCUGGACGUGCUGGACACGGCAGGCCAAGAGGAGUUCAGUGCUAUGAGGGAGCAGUACAUGAGGACGGGGGACGGCUUCCUCAUUGUGUUCUCUGUGACAGACAAGGCCAGCUUUGAACACGUGGACCGCUUCCACCAGCUCAUCCUCAGGGUGAAGGACAGGGAAGCCUUCCCCAUGGUGCUGGUGGCCAAUAAGGUGGACUUGGUUCACCUCCGCAAAAUCACCAGCGACCAGGGGCAGGAAAUGGCUGCCAAACACAACAUUACAUACAUUGAGACAAGUGCCAAGGAUCCUCCUAUGAAUGUGGACAAGGCGUUCCAUGGACUAGUCAGAGUUAUAAGGCAGCAGAUCCCAGAGAGGAGCCUGAAGAAGAAAAAGAAGAUGAAGUGGCGAGGAGAACGCUCUACGGGUUCUCACAAAGUCCACUGUGUCAUCUUGUGAUGGUGUCACCCUUCUCGCCGCUGCGUAGCAUUGUUGAUAGAGAGAACUGCAGACUGGCAGGGAGCAACAACUGGAGGAGGAAGGGGGGACUUGGGGAGAGAAGGAACUGACUGUUGACUGUUACAGUGUCAUGGAAAACCCCUCUCAGUUGAGGGGGUCAACUCCAAGACAUCCCCAAGUGGGGGUCUUAUAGCAGGUAGCCUAGCGGUUAAGAGCGUUGGGCCAGUAACUGAAACGUUACUGGUUUGAAAUCCCAGAGCUGGCAAGGUGGGAAAAUCUGCCAUUCUGCCCUUGAGCAAGGCAGGCAACCCCCAACAACACCUGCUCCCCAGGCGCUGAUGACGUGGACGUCAACUAAGGCAGCCCCCCGCACCUCUCUGAUUCUGAGGGGUUGGGUUAAAUGCGGAAGACACAUUUCGGUUGAAUGCAUUCAGUUGUACAAAUUAAUAGGUUUACACUUCCCUUUCCCUUCCCCUGAUUGGUCAGAAAAAAGCACUCCAGUUAGAGCUCCUUAUGGACUGACUUUGAAUUACAGACAGUGAUGUGAUGGUGCUCUCUGUGGAGGUGGACAUCAAGGUAUUCUCCAGGGUGGGGAGAUGUGAAGUUAGAUGUUGUUGGGGACCCAUGAUCUGACUGUCAGUCAGGUCGGGGACUUGGGAUACAUUAUUUGAGUGUAACAUUGUGGUUGUGCGUUCAACAUGGUGUUGAAGAUUGAAUUCUGUAACGAUAAGGGUAUAUGAUUAUGAAGUAUAUUCUAUUUGCACUAGCCACUGGCGUGAAAGGAUGUGGCUUUGUUUCCUGGGGUCCUGAAGAAAAGUGGGAGGAUGUGGCUGUUAGUACUGGUCUGGGAUCAGUCGAUGGGGAAUCUGGCUUGUAGGUUGAUGGGACCAGUCACUCCAAGCAACAAGACGUUCGAUUUCUCUUGUCUAAUAAGGAGUAUUUCAUAACAUAUGAAAUGGCUUGUACUGUUAAAGCACUAAACAAAACAACAACAAAAAACAUUUUGGCUUGUUCAUCUGGUUAGAAAUGGGCUCUUAAAAGAACAAAGUACCAUUGCAUUUUUAACAGAGUUUGAGUUUCAUAUUCGCAUCUGUUGAAAAAUUGCUAAAUAUGAAAAGGAAGGCAUAAUGGAAUGUGAAAAAGUGAUCUUAUCAAAUGUCAAUCCCAUGUAGCCGAAUCUGUCUGUCUCAUGUCUGCUGCACUGAACAGUUUCUAUACUCUCAGCCCUGGGUCGUGUUCCGUAGCAAAACAGUUUCUAAUGGAAAACAAAAAUGGACGUUUCUUAUUGGACAAGUCCAAGUAAUGCCUUCAUGUUUCAGUCCAUUUUCAUUCGUUUGGUGCGUAAUAAACAUGGCCCUGGAGUGACCCUGCUGUAUUUCACCAAGAGGUGCAGUACAGUGGAAGUUCCACUUCCCAGGGUAUGAACUAGCAGACAUGUUGUCUUUGGCAGUAUUUUACAAAAAAAGAGAAGAAAAAAGCUUGUGUCUGAAGAAAUCAAUGAUAUCAUAUCAAGUAUGUUUGAAACCUUUGUAUUAUUGAUAUGAAUUUCUUUAGUAGUGUUUUUUAAUAAUGAAUAAUUUAUUACUGUACCUGUUACCUCAACAUGAUUUGUUAUAACUGGCUGUGUCUGACUGAUGAACUAGGAGAAGACGAGGCAUAACAAAAAUGGCCACCACCUUUCUAUCUAUCGUAACUUCAGGUUUUCAAUAAUGAAUAAAGAAAUACAAUAUUGUGAGUUAAAUGA